GUUAAAGAGGGUCAGGCUAGGUUAAACUGAGAGUCCUUGUUUAUGCUUGCAUUUUUAGCCCUACUAAAAUGAGCAAAAAAUAACGUAAUUAACGGUUUAAUAUACAAUCUUCAUUAGUUAUAUCAAAUCUUAAAGAUGAUACAUUUCGGAAAACUACUUCCGACGCUUUUCUACGUGGUUUUAGCUUUAUUAUUUAUCCUAUUUUUCUGUGAAUACCUUAUAUAUUAUAUAGUACUUAUACAGUGUCAAUGGCCUGUUUUAAACCCUCAAAAAGAAGACCUAGCUCUACAUACGGAAGCAACAGACAGACCUGUCAAAGCAAUGUUCAUUGCGGACACUCAUUUAUUAGGGCCCAAAGAAGGUCACUGGUUCGAUAAGUUACGAAGAGAGUGGCAAAUGUACAGAGUAUUCCAAACUAUGAUGUCGAUAUACGGACCAGAGGUGGUUUUUAUAUUAGGUGAUGUCUUUGAUGAGGGACAAUGGUGCAGCUCCACAGAGUUUGAAAACUAUAUACAAAGAUUUCAUUCCCUGUUUCAUGUACCCAAGGAUACUCGUCUCUAUGUCGUUGCUGGGAAUCACGAUAUGGGAUUUCAUUAUGCAAUCACGCCAUAUCGUAAUCAGCGUUUUAUUAACGGCUUGAAAAGCCCAAGUGUGCGGCGACUGAGUAUAAGGGACAAUCAUUUUGUGUUGAUCAAUAGCAUGGCGUUGGAAGGGGAUGGCUGUUUUCUGUGCCGACCCACUGAGAUCGCGGUGAAUAAGAUAGCCAAAGAUUUGAAAUGUGCGAGAAAGAUGAGCAACGAUUGCCGCAAUGCCAGCGCAAUAGCCAGAUAUAGUAGGCCUAUAUUGUUACAACAUUAUCCGAUGUAUCGAGAAUCAGACGAAAUCUGUAACGAGUUGGAUCAGGCUCCCGAUGAGAUAAAGGCCAUAAAGUUUCGAGAACGAUGGGAAUGUUUAUCGAAGGAAGCCUCGGAACAACUUUUAGAUAUCUUGAAUCCACGACUGAUAGUUGCCGGACAUACUCAUCAUGGUUGCAGAAGAAUACAUCGGGACGACGUGCUGGAAUUCACCAUCCCGUCCUUUAGCUGGCGUAAUAAAAUCAAUCCGUCUCUUCUAAUGGGUACGUUCACUCCAAGCAAUUAUUCUGUUUCAAAGUGUUACAUGCCUGUAGAAUCUACCGUAAUUAUUAUUUAUAAGGUUAGCCUUACAUGUGUAUUGAUAUAUUUGAUUAUAAAACUCAGACCGAGACGGCAUGCGUACUCUCGUUUAAAGAUGCCUUGAAUAAUUCCUCUGUCAUGACAAAUUCAAUUGUGAUGUUAAAACACGAACCAGCGUUAUAAUAAUUCUAUAUACAAUGCAAUUUAUAGAGGCUAUAAUUCUUCAAGUGAUAGAGACAAAUUUGUAUACAUCUUUCAUACACACUAUCAUUUGCAUAUUAUUUACAUUAGUAAUUGUA